GGUGGCCUGUCGCGUGCCGCGCAACAGUACGUUUUGUUACGUGUUGGCCUCGUGAUUCUUUGUAUCACUCCGAAAGCAUUUUUGUGUGACAACUAGUUGUCAAAUAUUUAUUGCUAUUUUACUAUAUACAAAUUGCAUUUAAUUAUUUUAUAUUAAUUAUAUUUUUUUUAAUAUUGACAAAAAUUAAACAAUUUAACACAUGAUUAAUUGAUUCAUAGAAAUAUUUUUUUAUAAUAUUAAAUUCGGAAGACAAGUUUCAAGAUACAAAAUAUUGUUGAACUGAAAUAUAGAAUUCUAAAUCAAUAUAUCGAUUUUAAUGUUUUAAUCGAUUUAGAAGAAAUUGAUAAAACUAUGAACUAAGUGAAGUGAAAUAAUGACAUUAGUGAUAUUAUUAGCAAUUUGUUACAAAAUAUCAUAUAUUGAAAUUUUACAAUUACAUUUUUUGAUUAAUUUAAAAAGUAAUAAAAUUACUCGAAGAACGAUCUUGUGAUUGACAUAGUGAAUCGAUAUAAUUCACGUGAUUCCUUGUCAUGCGCAAAUGUGAUUGUUUCGAGUUACGAGUAUAUUUAAUUUGAUUAACGAGAACAAAUUUUUAGUCGAUAUUUAAAAAAAGUAAUACGAGAGUGACGCGGAAACUGACAGGUAUAUAUCAUAUGUUAUGACUGGCGUAUUUUUAACAAGCCAGAAGGAGGAGAACGAUGUGGGAUGGUUAUCGUUAAUUAUUGGAAUUCGAGAAAAACGCGAAAAUCACGGAGAAGAAGGACAGUCGGUGAAAUUUGGUGGCGGUGGGCCACAGACUCGUUUGUCGGUGAUUGACGCGGGAUAUACCGGCACCGGAAGUGCUAAAAUGCCCCGUGGCCUACCGACUAGACGAGGUCUUCAAGCGUUGGCACUUGUUCUUGCCACUGCUUAUGCUACGAUUCUUCUUUAUCAAGCUAUUGUACCUCGUCAGUGGAUCGACGAGAUGACAGUUGAAGUAAAUAGCAGAAAUGUACUAGUAGAAGUGCCAUCUUCAAGAAGAAUGAUCAGAGAGGAAUCAUCGGUAACACCUGCAAUCGCGACUGCGACGAUGGCACCAUUCACCACAAAUCUCGACGAUGUGUUCAUCAGUGUAAAGACCACUAAGCAUUAUCAUCAUUCUCGUCUGCCGGCUAUUAUCAGCACGUGGUUUCAAUUCGCUAAGGAUCAGACAUGGUUUUUCACCGAUCGAGACGAUCCGUAUUUCCAGAAUCAGACCAACGGUCAUAUGAUCAACACGAAAUGCUCGUCUUCGCACAACAGGCGGGCCCUUUGCUGCAAAAUGUCCGUCGAAUUCGACAGGUUCCUCGACAGCGGCCGGAAGUGAGUACUNCCACUUCGACGAUGAUAAUUAUGUGAACGUGCCACGCCUGCUCAAGCUUCUGGACAACUACAACCCACGGGAGGACUGGUACCUGGGCAGGCCCUCGAUACCGGCACCCUUGGAGAUCAUCAGGCAGGGUCCGGAACCCUCGAAGCGGCCG